AUGUCAGCACCAUCGUCGUCUUCUACACAAUCGUCUACUACUUCGAAUACUACGUCAAAUGGAGGAGGAGGAGCAAGUCGUCUGCGGUUUCGUGGUGACGCAGCAAGCUUUUCACCUCGGAAUUACCCGGCUUAUCACUAUGUUCAACAGCCUUAUUCACCACAUAUGCCGAAUAAGCUGUAUAUACCACCUCCAAUGCAACACCAACUUACGCCACAGCAACAACAGCAAUUUUAUAUGCAAUAUGGUCAGUUUGGUUACCCCAUGAUAGCCAAUCCAAUGUACAUGUAUAUGCCAUACCCUCAAGAAUUAUAUCAACAACAGCAGCAUCAGCAGCAACAACAGCAACAACACCAGCAACAACACCAGCAACAACAUCAGCAACAACACCAGCAACAACAGCUACCACCGCAGCAUCAACAGGGUUAUAUGGUUCCGCCUGUUUUCACACCACAACCACCAACUCCACUACAGCCACAUCACCAACCUCCACAGAUACCCAUCUCAGCUCCGCCGCCAACCUCACAUCUGCAUCCACAUACUCCUGCACAUCAACAUCCACAUGCACAGGGUCUGGGGCAUCAACAACAACAACAACAACAACAAUCGCAGUCACAAAUGCAAGGUCGGCUGCUGCCACAUCCUCCGCAAAUGCAGCAUCAAUCACAAAAAUCACCUUCUAUACUGCAGCAGCAGCAACAGCAGGAAUUAGAAACCCCAAACUCAUCCGGAGCAAUUGAUCAUCAUGCCUUAAACAUAAGUAGUGAUACACAUUCUGACACACCAAAAACGCUAUCAAAACCCACGCUUCUUUUUUCACCAUCGCCUCAACAACAGAGGCAAGAUACCCCACCCGCAAGCACAAAGACGCUAAAGCAGAAAACAGAGCCAAGCAUUAAAGAGAAAGAAAUACCAACACAAACGGAACCAGACACGAUAGAACAAGUGGUUGUUGCUCCUACACUCAAUGGCCACAAAGAAACGAAAACGGAAACGGAAACGGAGACGGAAACGGAGACGGAAAAGGUUGAAACAGUGGAGACCGAAACCGAAUUUCCCUUGUACAUAAAUGAAACACAGCUAAACUUUUUAAACAUUUUUCCAUUAACGGAGGAGAAUAGAAAAAUUGAUGAUAUCGAUAGAGUGAACAACUUGAAUGAGAAUGCACCAAAAGAAAACAAGGUUGUUCUUUGUCCAAAAUACACAAAAAUUUUUGACAUCAAUACAUCAGAAACAUACUUUACCAAUGGUAAAGACGUUAAACACGAACAAAUCAAAGAUAAUGAAUCACAGUCUCAACCAACAAAUUCAACAAGUCAACCACCAAGCACCAACUGGGCUUCAAUUUUACAAUCAAGUGCACCACAAGCACCAGCAAAAAGGGUUACCAAACCUAGAGCCACCACAUCAAAACCAGCAACCACCGGCCAAAUCGAUACUGCGACCCCCUCGAUAAAAUCCAAACCAUCCACGCCUGAGUUUGAUCUUGAUUCAGAAUCUGCACACCCAUUGGGAAUGUUGCUACUCAAAGUCAUGUUUGAUAGUAACUACUCCCUUUCCAAUGAUUUCCCAGUGUUUGACAUAAAACCAAAAGGAUUAACAAACACGGGAAACAUUUGUUUUAUGAAUUCCAUAUUACAAUCAUUGCUUUAUUGCAAACCAUUUAACAAAUUACUCAAACUUAUUGAGACGAAAUCAAUUGGCGAUUUAGUUGAAUCAUCACAACCAUUAAUCGAUGCCACCAUCAAACUUUUCAAUGAGUUUAAACCUAGUGAUAACAAAUUACCAGUUUCAAUUGAACCAUUUUACUCUGCCUUAUCCAAACACAAGAAAUUCCAGCACUUGAAAUGGGGACAACAAGAAGAUGCCGAAGAGUUUUUGGGGUAUUAUCUCGAUGCAUUGAAUGAAGAGAUGAUUUUAGCUCUAAAGAAGUUAAACACCCCACAAGUGGAUCAAUUGAUUCAAUCAUAUACUCAAGAUGAUGUUGCCAAGUUUAAAUAUAAUGUUAAAACAUGCAUAAGAAAGAUUAAGAAGGAUGAUGAUCAAGAAGAUGAAGAAAAUGAAUGGAAUGAAGUCGGACCCAAGAAAAACAUCACCAAAAUUGAAGUUGACCCCACACCAUUGAAUAUGAUUUUCAGUGGAGAGUUUAAAUCAGUGAUAACCAUCCCCAAACCAUCUUCUAAUUUUCAAAAAUCAAUUACAUUGGAUCCUUUCCAACAUGUCCAACUCGAUAUAUCAAACUCAAAUUCAAUAGAAGAGGCAUUUUUGCAUUUGAAUGAAUUGGAAACUAUUUCAUACAAGGGAAACAAUAAUAAGGAAGUUGAAGUUAAAAAGCAAACAUUUAUUGAGAGAUUACCUCAAGUUUUAAUUAUCCAUUUGAAGAGAUUUAGUUAUUCCAAGGAUCAAGAAAAUGCAAUUGAAAAAUUGGCUAAAAAUAUUUCCUAUGAUCAUACAUUGACAAUACCGAAUGAAAUAUUAUCACAACAACAACAACAACAACAACAACCAGCACCAUUGACUUCUUUCAAGUAUCAAUUGACCUCAGUCGUUUAUCAUCAUGGAUCAAGUGCUGAUGCUGGUCACUAUACCAGUGAUACGUUUGAUUUUGAGAAUAAUCAAUGGUGGGAAAUUGAUGAUACUAUAGUCAAACCAAUCAAAGAUGAUGAAGUGUUGAGUUCUGGUAUAAACAAUGCAUAUAUAUUGUUGUAUAGCAAGAUUCAAUGA